AUGCACUAUCUUGAUGAGAAACGUUUCUGGCUUGUGGUUUCGUUAUGCGAAAAGCAAUACGAGGUUUUAGGUUCUAUCACUUCAACCAAUCCCUCAGAAUUGUCGGCAGAAUUACUUCAAGAUGAAAAUUUUUCAGACUUGAAUAUUAGCGAAAUACUUGAAGACAUGGAUAAGGCAGAGGGAGCAUUAAAUGAGCUUGAUGAGAGGCUUGAUAAUCUAAAUGCAAAAAUAGAUGCACUUCUCGAAGAACAAGCUCCUAAUGAAAUUAAGUCAGCUGAAGAGGAGAAAACUGAAGUGAAACAGUCUGAAGAGAAAUCAGAUAAAGAGAAAAAUUAG